GACUACUCACUAAACAUGGCUGAAGUAAGGGAAUUAACCCAGAAAUUCCACCCAGACAUUGUCAUUGUAGAAUCAGGGGGAGACAAUCUUGCCGCCAACUUCUCCCGAGAGCUGGCAGACUACAUCAUCUACAUCAUCGAUGUCUCAGGAGGAGACAAGAUUCCUCGGAAGGGUGGGCCAGGGGUCACGCAGAGUGACCUUUUGGUGGUCAACAAGACAGACCUGGCUGAAGCAGUUGGAGCAAGUCUAGAGGUGAUGUCUCGUGACGCCAAGCUGAUGCGUCAGGACGGACCCACGUUGUUCACUCAGGCCAAACACGGGGUGGGCGUUGCGGAAGUGGCGGAUCACAUCAUGGCUGCCUGCAGACGACAGAGUGGGCAAAGUAGGGCUUCACCAUAAUCUCUCGAGGAUAGACGCUUUCAUUUUCAUCUCUUCAGUCGUUUUGAGUUUGUUUGGGAUUUUUUUUUUCAAAUUUUUGUUGUAUCUUUGUUUUUCUUACGCCUGCAGUCUAUUUUCAUCUCUUCAGUUGUUGUUUGAUUGUUGUUGUUGUUUUUCCAAAAUGUGUUUGUAUCUGUGAUUUUCUUACGUCUUCAGUCUAACAUGCACACAGCAAGAUCUGUUGAACGUGGAAGUCUUGUUUUUUGCGUACGAAUUUCGCUAUAUACGUAUUUUGAAUACAAAGAAUAUCUACAUGUAAGAACAGACAGGGGAAUCAAGAAGGUUUUAUUUGUCCUCAGUUUGCGGAGUUGAUGCUGCCUGAAGUUAGAGAAUGCCAUUAGUAGGCGCUACUUGUUUUUUCUUUCCUUCCUUUUUUGUUUGCUAAUGUUAUUUUUCUGUUGCUGUUUUUUGUUUCGUUUUGUUGUUUUUUAUCUGUUUGUUUGUUUGUUUGUUCGUUUGUUUGUUUGUUUUUUUUGGCUUUUGUUUUUGUUUUGUUGUUUUUCUUUUCUUCAGUUCCAUAUUUCCGUUAUCGUAUCCAUGGUUUUAUCAUUACACAAUACUGUAUUCCAAGGAUAAGUUGUGACUCAAACCAUGCAUACAUGCAUGUACAUGUAUACGUGUAUACAUAAGGAAAAACAACUACAGUGAAGUCCGCUUUUUUUUUCAAAAUAAUUUUUUUUCUUUUAAGAAAAUAAUAAUGAAACAAAA